GAAAAAGCUUUCAUAUAGUGAUGAUUUUAAUACUUCAGAUGAAGACUUUAAGAGAGAUUUAUCUAAAAGAAGGCAACGAACACUAUACUUGAAAUCGUAGGAAAGCUUCUAUCAGCAGCGUGUGAAAUGAAAGCAUCUUCUUUAACUUCUUCUUCAGAAAACACCUAUAGUGAUACCUCUUUUUCGAGCCCAGAGAAUGAAGAAGGACUUUUAUCCCAAGAAAAUCAGGAUUUAGGAAAUCAAGAAUGUAAAUCCUCAGAGGGAAAUAUUACACGGGUUCAUUUGGAACUAUUUGGUAACUGGGGACAUCCAGACAAGAUUGGCCUGACUGAAGUUCAGUUUUAUGAUUCUUCAGGAACGUUGUUAAGUUUAAAACCAGUAGAUGUUAGUAUAGAAGGAGUUGAAGAUGUAUCGAUGGGAGUUGAAAAUCUGGUGAAUGGAAAAACAAAAACUGUCAAAGAACGUCAUAUGUGGAGUUGUAAUUUCCAUGAAGGAGAAACUGUUACAAUUAAGUUCAAUGUACCCACAUCAAUAGAUGAACAAAUAGAUUCUUCUGUCUGCAAGCUAUCCUCCAUGAAGAUCUGGAACUUCAACAAGAGCGUAAAGGAUCUUUGUCUUGGUGUACGAUUGGCAAAGAUCAUGGUGGAAGAAAUGGUAGUAUUUGAUGGAGAGUUGCAGAAAGCCUGUGGAAAUCAAGUAUUUGAUUAUGGCCAAGUGAUACCAUUAAAUCUUGACCAUUUGCCUCAUCCAAAAAUGUCAAAAUGCUCUGAAAUGCCACUGAAAAAUGCCACCCUUCUGUUGUCCUCUGAUGUGAGUAACCCAUCCAUGAAACAAUCUUUGUUAGAAGGUAACAGUGAAGAAGGACUAGAAAAGUCAGAAGAGGAUGAUAGUGUAUUCAGAAAUUCUACUAUUGCAGAAUGGCCAGAUUCCUCUCACAGAAGUAAGACCUAUGUUAGCAGUUAUACAUAUUCAAGUGCAAGUCCUGGUUUGAAGAUGUCAACAUACAGAGCAAGUGGCAGAAAUUUUAGUUCCAUACCUGAGCAAGUUUUCAAAAGAAAAGGCUCAAUAGAACGUGUAAAGAAUGUUAUUCGCCCGAUGAGUGAUAGGUCAGAAAGGAAACCAAAGUGGCUGGAUACUAAACCAAUAUGUGAAAAGACUGAAAAUGUUUCCACUGAGAAGCCCAGCUGGUUACAAGUUUCAAACUUUAAUGAUG